AUGGUUAAUACAGAUUUUGAGAAGAUUCACUUGAAUCAGUCGAAAAAUUACGGUCGUAUGCGUAUUGCGGACUCGGGGUUGGGUUGGAAAGCGUCUGUGACCAACAAUGCAUCAGCUAGCAAUAACGCCCCAUUUUUGUUGCCAUCGGAAGAAAUAUUGGCAUCGCAAUGGUCUCGUGGAUCUCGUGGAUACGAGUUGAGAGUUCAAACAAAGAAUAAGGGUGUGGUGAUGUUGGAUGGUUUUGAUGUGGAAGACUUUGCCAACUUGAAGCAGGAAUUACAGAGAAAUUUCCAAGUGAACUUAGAGCACAAAGAACACUCGUUGAGAGGUUGGAAUUGGGGGAAGACUGAUUUGGCCAGAAAUGAAUUGGUUUUUCAAGUCAACAAUAAGCCAGAUUUUGAGAUUCCGUACUCUGAGAUCAGUAAUUCCAAUUUGACCGGUAAGAACGAAGUUGCCGUAGAAUUCAACUUGGAUGGUGCUAACAGCAAAGCGGGAGAUGAAAUGGUUGAAAUGAGAUUCUAUAUUCCAGGUACUUUGGAAAACGAAACUACUCCUGCUGUCAAAAACGAGGAGAACGGUGAAGUAAAGGAAGAAGAAACAGAAGAAAUCAGCGCUGCCACCGUAUUUUACGAACAGUUAAAGGACAAGGCUGAUAUUGGCCAGGUUGCUGGUGAAGCAAUUGUAUCUUUUAGUGAUGUAUUAUUCUUGACACCUAGAGGUCGUUAUGAUAUUGACAUGUAUCCUACGUCAUUAAGAUUGCGUGGUAAGACAUAUGAUUACAAAAUCCAAUACAAUCAAAUUGAGAGAAUUUUUUCACUUCCAAAACCUGACGAGGCUCACCAUUUGCUUGUCAUCCAAAUUGACCCCCCAUUGAGACAAGGUCAAACAAAAUACCCUUUCUUGGUAAUGCAAUUUGCUAAGGAAGAAGAAAUCGAGUUAGAUUUGAAUGUUUCUGAAGAAGAAUACAACGAUAAAUAUAAAGAUAGAUUGAAGAAAAGCUACGAUUCCCAAACACAUCUUGUCAUGUCUCAUUGUUUUAAGGGGUUGACUGAACGUAGAUUGGUCGUUCCUGGGUCAUUUCAAUCAAGAUUCUUACAGCCCGGUAUUUCUUGUUCUUUAAAGGCCUCAGAAGGUUACUUAUAUCCAUUGGAUAGAUGCUUUUUGUUUGUAACCAAGCCCACUGUCUAUAUUCCAUUCUCCGAGAUUAGUAGCAUAACUAUGUCUCGUACAGGCGCUGGUGGGGUUUCUACAUCGCGUACAUUUGACAUGGAUAUUACCUUGAGAGGAUCGAAUCAGUCGCAUAACUUCGGUAGUAUUGAAAGGGAAGAACAAGAAACCAUAGAAAACUAUUGUUUACAGAAGGGUUUGAGAAUUAAAAACGAAGAGAAAUUAGCUAAAGCAAUGUUGGCCAAGGCUAUGAAUGAAACUGCUGACGAUGAUGAUGAUGCAGAUGUCGAUAUGGGUAGUGCUGGUGAUGACGAUGACGAAAGUGCCGAUGAUGACUUUAACUCUGGUUCUGAUUCGGAUGUUGCUGAAGAGUUUGAUUCCGAUGCAUCUGUAUCUGAUGCCGAAAUGAGCGACUCCAAUCAAGAGCCACCUCAAAAGAAACCAAAAAAUGAGUAA